AUGGCCCCCAAGAAGAAGACCAAGACCGGUGACACCCUCAACUCUCGCCUCGCCCUGGUGAUGAAGUCGGGUAAGGUCGUUCUGGGUUACAAGUCCACCCUCAAGGCCCUCCGAUCUGGCAAGGCCAAGCUGGUCCUCAUCGCCGGCAACACCCCUCCUCUCCGCAAGUCUGAGCUGGAGUACUACUCCAUGCUGUCCAAGGCUCCCGUCCACCACUACGGCGGCACCAACAUCGAGCUGGGUACUGCCUGCGGAAAGCUCUUCCGAUGCUCCACCAUGGCCGUCCUCGAUGCUGGUGACUCCGACAUCCUCAGCGAGCAGGCUUCCUAA